AUGGAAGAGGAGCUAAAGAAGAAUCUUUUGCAGAAGCCAACCAAUUCAAAAGAGAGUGUUGACAAGGAAGAUUCAGUGAGGAAAAGGGUAUGGGAAGAAAGCAAGAAGAUAUGGGUGGUGGCAGGACCUGCCAUAUUCACAAGGUUUUCAACGUUUGGUAUCACUGUAGUUAGUCAAGCUUUCAUUGGACAUAUUGGAUCCACUGAACUUGCUGCCUUUGCCCUUGUCAUGACUGUCCUUGUCAGGUUUGCAACUGGUGUAUUGCUUGGUAUGGCAAGUGCAUUGGAAACUUUAUGUGGGCAAGCAUAUGGGGCAAAACGGUAUAACAUGCUUGGAGUGUAUCUACAAAGAUCAUGGAUAGUCUUGUUCUUGACCACAAUUCUUCUUCUUCCUAUUUACAUCUUUACCACCCCAAUUUUAGAGGCUCUAGGCCAAGACAAAAGCAUUGCAAAAGUAGCAGGAAGCAUUUCUCUUUGGUCUAUAGGUGCUAUCUUUGCUUUUAUUGUGUCAUUCACAUGCCAAAUGUUCCUACAAGCACAGAGCAAGAACAUGAUUAUUACCUACCUAGCAGCACUUUCAGUUUCUAUUCACAUUUUUUUGUCAUGGCUUUUGACUGUUAAAUACAAGUUUGGGCUCAAUGGUGCAAUGAUAGCAACAAUAUUGGCAUACUGGAUACCCAAUUUGGGCCAGCUUAUGUUUAUCAUGCAUAAAUGCCCUCAGACGUGGAAGGGUUUCUCAUUUUUGGCCUUCAAAGAUCUCUGGCCUGUUAUCAAGCUUUCCCUGUCCUCUGGAGCUAUGAUGUGUCUGGAGAUUUGGUACAGCACAGUUUUGAUUCUUCUAACAGGGAACAUGAAAGAUGCUGAGGUUUCCAUUGAUGCUCUGUCCAUAUGCCUAAACAUCAGUGGGUGGGAAAUGAUGAUAUCCCUUGGUUUCUUUGCUGCAGCUAGUGUCCGGGUGUCAAACGAGCUUGGAAGAGGGAGUUCAAGGGCAGCAAAAUAUUCCAUUGUGAUAACAGUUCUCACAUCAUUUAUCAUUGGAUUCAUCCUUUUCUUGGUCUUCCUAUUUCUGAGGAAAAGACUUGCUUACAUUUUCACUCCAAACCCUGCUGUGGCUGAAGCAGUUGCGGAUUUAUCACCUUUCCUUGCAGUCUCCGUGCUCUUAAACAGUGUCCAACCUGUGCUCUCUGGAGUUUCUAUUGGAGCUGGGUGGCAAAGCAUUGUAGCAUAUGUAAACAUAGGCUGUUAUUACCUAAUUGGUAUUCCUGUUGGAGUGGUGAUUGGUAUCUUUUUCAAUUUGCAAGUCAAGGGUGUUUGGAUUGGGAUGCUGUUUGGAACAUUUGUUCAAACCGUAGUGCUUAUUAUCAUCACUUUUAAAACUGAUUGGGACAAGCAGGUAGAGAUAGCACAAAAUCGCAUUAACAAAUGGGCUGUGGUGGAGACCCAAGAACUAGAUUAA